UGGCCGGUCGAAUUUCCGAUCUCUCCUGUUUUGAGGUGCCAUGCGUGCAUCCCACGUGAAGUGCGCUCCGUGAAUUCCGGACUUUUUAAUUCGUGUAACCAAACUAGCUCGCCAGGAUGAGUACGGUGCUCGAAAAAAUAGCGGCCAUCGAGGCCGAGAUGGCCCGGACCCAACGAAACAAGGCAACUAUGGGUCAUUUAGGUCUUCUUAAAGCUCGACUAGCCAAGCUUCGGCGCGAACUGAUAACGCCGAAGGGUGGAGGUGGCGGACCUGGUGAAGGUUUCGACGUUGCCAAGACUGGUGAUGCUAGGAUAGGGUUUGUGGGGUUCCCAUCCGUGGGCAAGUCUACGCUCAUGAACACGCUGGCGGGUGUUUUCUCCGAGGUGGCUGCCUACGAGUUCACCACGCUGACCACCGUGCCAGGUGUCAUCAAGUACAAGGGGGCCAAGAUUCAGCUGCUUGACCUGCCGGGAAUCAUAGAAGGAGCCAAGGAUGGAAAGGGUCGAGGUCGACAAGUCAUUGCUGUGGCCCGUACCUGCAGUCUCAUUUUCAUUGUGCUGGACGUGCUGAAGCCCCUCCAGCACAAGCGUAUCUUGGAGCGAGAGGUGGAAGGAUUCGGCAUCCGGCUCAACAAGGAGCCUCCGGCGAUCUCGCUCCGAAAAAAGGACAAAGGUGGCAUCAACCUGCAGAUGAUGGUGCCCCAGUCGGAGCUGGACAUGGACACCGUGAAGACCAUUUUGUCGGAAUACAAGAUCCACAAUGCUGACAUCACGCUACGGUGUGAUGCCACUUCAGAUGACCUGAUCGACGUGAUUGAAGGGAAUCGCAUCUACAUCCCAUGUAUCUAUGUGCUUAACAAGAUUGACCAGAUCUCUAUCGAAGAACUGGACAUUAUCUACAAGAUCCCACAUUGUGUUCCCAUCUCUGCUCACCAUAAAUGGAAUUUUGAUGACCUUCUGGAAAAGGCCUGGUCUUAUCUGAAGCUUAUACGCAUAUACACCAAACCAAAAGGACAGCUGCCUGACUACGAAGCACCAGUUAUUCUUAGCCAGGAGAGAAAAACAGUGGAAGACUUCUGCAACAAGCUGCAUCGUACCAUUAUGAAGGAGUUUAAGUGUGCCUUGGUCUGGGGUUCCUCGGUGAAGCACAAUCCACAGAAAGUAGGCAAAGAGCACAUAUUAAAUGACGAGGACGUCGUCCAGGUGGUAAAGAGGGUAUGACAGGGACGCCACCGAGACGGAUGUCUGGAGGUGUGCUGGUUCACGAUACAGAAGAGCUUGCAACGCACACUGGCAGUGGCAUUGUCACGCUUUUCAAGCUCAAGAGAACUGCUGAUGUACAUAUGACACAGUCACAAUUGUGCCCGAAUGAAUUGCAUGGCUGCUCCCGCCUUUCCUACUACUAGUACAUGCUGUGGCUCACACAAUGAAAGGAAAGCAUACCACAAGAAACUGUUCUCAAUUUUUAGGACAAGUAACGACAGUACAAACAGUAGUUGGUAAGAAUCUGUUUGGCAGGAUAGCAGGCUCAGUCGAAACGCCUGCACUUGUUGGACUAUUCCUGGAGAGGAUCUGUACUUUGUUAUUUGUUUCUGCAGUGCAACAUGGUGGAAUCUGCAUAUUGCCAUUUGUUUUGUUUGGUGCAGAAUUUGUGCGAAAUGAACUGACGACACUAUACAAUAGAGGUAGUGUAGGCUCCACGCUAAAGGUGGCAAGCUUAUUCUAAACAAGCACGGAACUGCCAGUGAUAUGGUGUGAACUAGUUCACAAUGUGUGAGAUGAAUUGAUUGGACCUAGCGCAUGCACCAGCAUGAAAGGGAACACAAUAUUUGCAUUCAUUGUCCGCAACUUUUAUAGCCCUUUCCCUGAAAUUGGGAAAGUGUCACAGGGCAGGUUCUUUACAACUACUGUAGCUGGUAGCAGAAACCAAGGUUUGAGCCUUGCUUGACGGUAGGAAUCAUUGUUUGAACACUGCUUGUGUCCUUUCCUAUCUUAGCACAGUGUAGAGUUUCUUAGCACAGUGUACAGUUUAUCGGGGGGGGGGGGGGGGGGGGGAGUGAAGGCCAGCUGGCUAUUGCCAACAGCUGACUAGCCUCAACUGUCUUGCAAAAGGAUGUAAGUUUUAUUUCUGGCCACGUGUCAAAGAUGCAAAACAUGUUGCACUAUUGUGUUGCACGACCCUUUUUUGUGCCACUCAACCUCAGAAAAGGUUGCAGUAUUGGUGCUGUGGUAUCGGAUGUCUGCCACCAGGUAGCAGCACUGUCUAAAGGAAUCUAGCAAAUGGCCAUUUUGUUUGACUGCAUGCAAAGACUCGCCUGAAGUGGCGGGGAUAUCAGUAAAUUGAACUCAGCAGGCAGCCUUUUGGACUGACGUGUAUGCUUUCAGGUGUGAGUACAGAAACAGUAAUAGGCCCAGGUUUCAUGACAGUGUUGUCAGCAACUUAAGCAGGCGUGUUUACAAUGUUCAUUAACUAUUGCAGGGCAUCUUUAACCCUUUAACUGCCACUACCGAGAUAACUCGUGAAACCACCCACGCACACCCUGCUACUCCCGAGUAUACUCGUUUUGCUUUUUAAACUCACUCCCUGCCACUCCCGAGACAACUCGUGCAAAAAAAAAAUAUGCGUUCAUGUCCCGCCAUCUAUGGAGAGGUCACCUAAACACAUAGAACUUUUAAUUAAAGUUUAGACAACAGUUGGAGCGCACGUGUUUACACCCGCGUCGCUUCGUCUCGGCAGAGCGCAGCAGCCAUGGCGAGUCAGCGCGCCACGUGCGUCCGCGCUUUGACGGACGAAGAAAUUCAAGAACUGCUGAUGAAUUCCGACGAAAUAUCUUUACAUGUCCUGUGGAGUAUCAUGGUGCAUUACUAGCAUGAAAUUUCCACUGAACCAACAUGAAAAAAAUACCCGGCAGGGGCUGAGGAGCAGUCAGAAAAAAAACUCGGCAGUGAAAGGGUUAAUGAUGGCGCUGGUCGUUCAGCCAAACUCGUGUAAGUGCCAAGCACAUAUUCCCUGUCAAUUGCAAGUGACAUCGUGGCAGACCCCAGAUUUGAAUAUCUGUCCUUCAUGCCAUAUAAUCUGCGCUGCUUGGUUAUUUGCUGCACUGCUGUUACAUUGGCAUUCCGACUUUCGAAUAAGGUUGCAUACUGCUGGAGAAACCAUUUACUCAUUUUGUGCAGUUUCAAUUAAACUAUCAAGGGCAUGAAAUUUGGUCAUGUUUCAUGGUCAGAGAAACGGGGACAAAGUUAAAAAUGAAAGUGACCUGCUCAUCUAGCCUGAUAUAAUGCUACCCUCAAGUGUUUCUUUGGGGGCCUUUAAAUAAUUGCAACUUUUCCGCUCACACUUGAGUGUAAUACCGUUGAAAACAUAUCAACAUCGUCCCCCCAAAAUUGGUUGCAUUAUGAUGUAUACAUUAAGAUAAUGAGCAACCUAUCAAGCAUGUGUUGACCUCACUGUUACUAAACUGUCACAUUAUAAAAAAAAAAAAAAAGUUUAAGACAUUGUGGCCUUCCGUCUUGCUUCAACUGAAUAAAUUGGUAAUUUGCACAACCUG